UGGACUAUACGUUUUAUGAUCAGGUACGAUUCCAGAAUGAUAGUAAAGUGGUUUUUAGCGUUAUUUUUGUUAAUGUUAUUUAAUUAUGGUAUACAAGCACAAGUAGCACCAGGAGUUCCUCCACAGAGAUAUCAACAAGGGGCUCCACCUCAACAACAACAAUACCAGCAACAUGUACCUCAACAACAAGUACCAGUACAGACUCCGCAACAGUUCCAACAACAACCGCCUCAACAACAGUUCCAACAACAACCACCUCAACAACAAUUCCAACAACCGCCUCCACAACAUGGUGUGCCUCAACCAGGUGGUCACGGACAUGGACAUGCACAUGGAGCACCACAGCAGAUAUUACACUCAGGAAAUAUUCAACAUGAAAAAGAACAUAUAGCUGAACAUAUGGAAGUACCAAUCGAUACAAGUAAAAUGUCUGAACAAGAAUUACAAUUUCAUUAUUUUAAAAUGCAUGAUGCUGAUAAUAAUAACAAGUUAGAUGGUUGUGAAUUAAUUAAAUCUUUAAUACAUUGGCAUGAACAAGGAAACAAAGAUCCAAAUAAUCCAAAUAAAAUUGAAGAGAAAGUAUUUAAAAAUGAAGAAUUAACGGAAUUAAUUGAUCCCAUAUUAAAAAUGGAUGACAUCAAUAAUGAUGGAUAUAUUGAUUAUCCAGAAUUUAUUCGUGCACAACAGAAAGCUGUUCAACAAAAUCAACCCCGAGGCCAACAAUAAAAAUCUUUAUUAAACAAAUAAAAACAUGACAUACGUGGAAUAUUCU